AGUUUACUGUUGGUGUCAUAUUUUUUUAGACGUGUUUUUUUCUGUCACUGCUCCAUUUUAUUUUGACUAAUUUAACAAACAACAUGUGUAGAUUAAUUACGUUAUAAAAAAUAAUAUAAUUUCAAACAAAUAUAUAAUGUUGUGCAUUUUAAAAUUUAAUAUUUAUAAUAAAAAAAUAUCAUACGUAUUAAUCAACUCAGUUUUUCAGAUUGAAGCUAGUACAAGGUGACUUUAAAGAAAGAAAGAAAAAAAAAAGCAACAAAUAAAAAUGACAAGUCACAGUUCUAAGUCAGUGAUUGAUCAAUUAUUUGAAGAUUUAAUAAAAGAAUGUAAAUUUGCAGCACCAGGUGCUAGACUAUCAUAUUUUGUACGUAGACGUCUUGAAAAGCAUAAAAAAAAUAUACGUCGUGAUAUUGUUAAUCGUAUAAAGGAUGAUUCUGCACCAUUAUUUAUUGCAUGUAAAAGAGGUCAUGUAGAAAUUGUUGAAUAUUUAAUAACAGUAUGUAAUGCUGAUAUUGAACAACGUGGUAUGUAUGAAGUACCUGAUGAUAGAUCAGUACAUCAUGUAACACCACUUUGGUGUGCAGCUGUUGCUGGUAAAUUGGCUGUUAUUAAAUGUUUAAUAUCACAUGGAGCUGAAAUAAAUGCUGUUAGUGAUACUGGCUCAACACCAGUACGUUCAGCAUGUUUUAUGACACAUCUUGAUAUUGUUGAGUAUCUUGUUGAAAAUGGUGCUGAUAUAUUAAGACCAAAUUAUAAUCGUGGUACUUGUCUUAUAAAUUCAGUACAAAGUGUUGAAUUAUGUACAUUUUUAUUGACAAAUGGUGCUGAUGUUAAUGCAAGAGAUAUACAAAAUAAAACUGCCUUACAUUAUGCAAUUCAAGAGCAUAGAUUUGAAACAACAAAAUUACUACUUGAACAUAAUGCUGAUCCACAUCUUAAAUCAAGAUAUAAUGAUGAUGCAUUACAAACAGCAUGUCUCAAGGGUGCAACACAAAUAUUUGAUUAUUUAGUUGAUAAUGUUCAUUAUACACAAGAAAGACUUGCUGAUGCAAAUGAAUUAAUGGGUUCAACAUUUUUCGAUGAACAUGCUGAUACACAAACAGCAUUAACAUACUGGAGAAAUGCUAUGAAAAUAAGAAAUGAUAAUUCAAUUGAUAAUAAUCCAUUACCAAAAUUACCAAUAAUGCCAAAAAGAGAUAGUUUUGGUAAUAUGAUUGAAUUUACAACAAUUGAAGAAUUAAAUUCAAUUGCACUUGAUCUUGAUGCUAUUAGAAUACAAAGUUUAUUAAUAUGUGAAAGAAUACUUGGUGAACAUCAUAAAGAUACACUUUAUAGAUUAAUGUAUCGUGGUGCUUCAUAUGCUGAUGCAUUGAGAUAUCAAAAUUGUAUUGAUUUAUGGAGAAGAACAUUAGAAAUUCGAGUUGAAAAAGAUUCAAUUUUAUAUACUGACACGUGUUUUACUGCUCAAGCAUUGGUAAGAAUAAUGGUUGAUUUAAAUGAAUUAACUGAUCGUAAUCGUGACAAAGAAGAACCAAAAUUUAGUGAUGUUGUUGCUGUAUUUAAAUUGUUAACAAGUCAAUUAACUGAAUCACGAAAACUUCUAGAGGAACGUCCAGUUCACAAAAGACAACAAGAUAGUUAUGAUAGAAUUUUAAAAUGUGUUACACAUUUAAUAUAUUUAUUAGUAGAAACAAGUUUAACUGAAAAAGAAGAUGCUGAAGCACAUAAACUUGUUCGUGAGCUAAUUAAAAAAAAUCCAAGAUCAGCAUCAACUGGUGAUACAUUACUUCAUCUUUGUGUAUCAUCAUUAAAUGCAAUAACAUCAAAUUAUUUUACAACUGACGAUAGAAUGACUGUAUUUCCACAUACUGAAGUUGCUAAACUUCUUCUUGAAUGUGGUGCUCAUGUUAAUGCAAGAAAUGAAUCAAAAUCAACUCCAUUACAUAUUGCAAGUAAUGCAUAUAAUUUUAUGAAUCCAUUAAUUAAGCUAUUGCUUGAUUAUGGAGCUCAUCUUGAUACACCAAAUCGUGCUGGUGAUACUCCAGCACGUCUUAUAUCAUCAAAUCCACAUAAUAAUGUUAAUUUAGUUAAUUAUAUGAGUCUACGUUGUUAUGCAGCUCAAGCAAUAUUUAAAUAUAAAAUUCCAUGUACUGGUUUACCAAAAACACUUCAUCAAUUUUUAGAAUAUCACAAACCAUAG